AUGCGGAGGCUGCUUCUUCAAUCCAUCCGCAGUCUUUCCACCUCCAGUGAUUUCAAAUCCCUAACGAGCAUGGCGCCGCUCAAUCCCGCCGCCCAGGAAGCCAUCCACCGGCUACGAAACUAUGUUCCUCCGCCAACGGCAUACGAUACCGUCCCGCUGACCCGGCGUGCGGCGGUGCUUCUGCUGCUCUAUGCCGACUCGCAGGGCGACCUGCGUAUCGUGAUUACAAUGCGGGCCAAGACACUCCGGUCAUAUGCAGGAGACGCCGCUCUACCGGGAGGCCGGGCAGACACGCUCGCCGAGACGCCAUUCCAGACCGCACGCCGCGAAGCAUGGGAGGAGAUCGGCUUGCCUAACAUCGACUCCCCGUUGCCACGACCGUUCGCCGUGGAGCACCUCUGCGAGAUGCCGGCCAAUCUUGCCAAAACGGAGCUGGUGGUGCGGCCGUGCAUCGCGCUGCUUCACGCCCACGACGAACGCACGGGCGAGUCCGCCGAUCCGGAGGUGUCGCUGAUUCCCAAGCUAGAUGCGCGCGAGGUCGCCGCGGUGUUUACGGCGCCCUUUGAACAGUUUCUGUCCAUGCGCGAUGAGGGCCUUGCGCACCCGCCGGAUUGUAAGUCCAUCCAUCAUACUUCUACAUCAUCUGUCACCGUCAACCCCAUGCGAGAGAGAAUGCAUCAGUUCUUUGUUCGCCCGAACCGGACCGCAGCCGUCCAGCCUCCCCGCGGGAAGAAUGCGGAAGAUCAGAUCGAAUCCUAUCGCGUGUUCGGGAUGACCGCCCGAAUCAUUGUUGAUGCGGCACGGCUCGCGUUCAACGCAGAACCCGAGUUCGAGCACAAUAGUCACUUUGGCGACGAGGCGAUGAUCGACCGGCUCCGGCGACUGGGCAAGCUAGCGGCGGUCCGGACAGCGUCGGACGAACUGACGCGGGAGACGAUGGAGAAGGCAGCCAAACUGAGCUGA